UCUGGAUUCUGGUGUAAUUUCUAUUCGACUUGUUUUUGUGUGAAAUGUGUAAACGAGUGUCUAUGUGCAGGAGGGUGCAAGAAUCCAGCAACUUUUAUAUUUUUGUUGAUUUGGUCUGAUAUAAAUUUCUAAUCCCACCAAAAAAAAAAAUAAAACUCCUAAGAAAUUAUUCAAGAUUUAAAAAAAAUAAACUUAAAUUAACAAAAGUAAUCAUCUCGUGAACUUGCAAACUCUUUAUUGGAAGGAAAGACUCGACAAGUCUUGAAGCAAAGGCUAAAGGGUCUCACUCAGCACUCAGCGAAUCAAGAACAACGCAAAAUCCUGCCUUUCUAGUUCGCGGGAUGCGGGGUGUUUUCUUUUGUUAACUAUCAGAAAACGAAAAAAAAACAGAAAAAGAUCCAACAAAGUUCCACGGGACUAUCGAACAAAUAAUUGGGAAGCAGAAUUGAUUUUUUUUCCUAUUCAUCUGCUGAGAGUUCCUUAGCUAAAGUUGGGAUUUCGAGUGCGAGUGCAAGUUCGAGUUCGAGUUCAUAGAGCGACAGCGAGUGAAUUGAAUGUGCAAUAGAACUUUUGGAAACUAUGCAGGAAAUUCAUCAGCUUGAGAUUUUAUGCAAGCAAUUGUACGAAGCAACUGAUUCAGUUAUUCGUUCGGAAGCUGAAAAGGCUCUUGUUGCAUUUGUAAGCAGUCAGGAUGCUCUACCAAAAUGUCAAAUGCUCUUGGAUCGAGCUGAUUCAAGUUAUGCACAAUUACUUGCUGCUACGACUCUUACCAAAUUGAUACAAGGUCUUAAUUUGGAGCAAAGAAUCGACAUAAGGAGUUAUAUAUUAAACUAUCUUGCCACCCGCCCAAAUUUGCAAAAUUUUGUUGUACAAGCACUUGUCACAUUGUUGGCUAAAAUAACAAAAUAUGGUUGGUUUGAUACGUAUAAAAAUGAAUAUAUAUUUCAAAACAUUCUCGAGGAUGUGAAGAAAUUUCUGCAGCAGGGCUCAUCUGAGCACUGUACAAUCGGAGUACAAAUUCUAUCGCAACUUGUGUGCGAAAUGAAUUCAAUUGUGGAGGCAGACGUUAAUUUGUCUUUUUCAAAAAAUCGCAAAAUCGCCACAUCUUUCCGUGACCAGCAGUUGUACGACAUUUUCCUGUUGUCCUGUUCGCUUUUGGUUACAGCAAGAGAUAAUAGCAAAAGCUUGAAUUUUAUGGAUGAGUCUCAACAAGCUCUAAUUUCACAUGUUUUGCGAUUAACUAAGAACUGCUUGAGCUUUGAUUUUAUUGGAAGCUCCACUGAUGAGUCUUCGGAUGACAUGAACAGUGUUCAGAUUCCUACUUCCUGGAGACCAGCAUUUCUGGAUUCAAAUACUUUAAAGUUGUUUUUUGAUCUCUAUCAAAUUCUACCAAACGGAUUGGCAAGCUAUUCGUUGUCUUGUUUAGUGCAGAUGACAUCGGUUCGUCGAUCACUUUUCAAUAAUCCUGAACGUACAAAAUUUUUAACUCAUCUACUCGAAGGCGUCAAAAAUAUACUGACCAAUUUACAUGGUCUCAGUGAUCCAGAUAAUUACCACGAAUUCUGUAGACUUCUUGCUCGUCUCAAGUCGAAUUACCAGUUGGGAGAACUCAUCACAGUAGAAUGUUAUCCAGAAGCGAUUCAGUUGAUAGCAAAGUUCACUGUUCAAUCGUUGCAGAUGUGGCAAUUUGCUCCAAACAGUGUGCAUUACCUGCUUACUUUGUGGCAGCGAAUGGUGGCCUCAGUCCCGUAUGUCAAAUCACCAGAGCCUCAUUUGCUUGGAACAUAUACACCAGAAGUAACCAAAGCGUACAUAACUUCCCGCUUGGAAGCUGUACCUGUGAUUGUGAGAGACAACCUGGAAGAUCCUCUAGAUGACCUGUGUAUGGUUCAGCAGCAACUUGAACAACUGUCUGUUAUAGAACGUUGUGAAUAUGACAAAACCUGCACGCUUCUAGUUCAGCAUUUCGACCAAAAGGCCCGAGAAUAUCAAGAACUGCUACAAAGCCAAUCGCCUAAUCCAAUGGAUGUCACAAUUCAUGAAUUGCAAUUGACGUGGCUUGUUUAUAUAAUUGGUUCAGCUAUUGUUGGUAGAUUGUCUUUCAAUUCGAAUGACGAACAGGACACUAUGGAUGGAGAACUUGUGAUACGGGUACUGCAACUAAUGAGCCUCACAGAUGCUAGAUUACCACAAGCCGGCUGUGAAAAACUCGAGUUGGCUAUUCUAAGUUUCCUUGAACAAGUGCGAAAGAUGCACAUAUGUGAACAGGCACAAAAGGCCCACGUCUACAAAAGACUGUCUGAAGUAUUUGGCUUAAGUGAUGAACAGAUGCUCUUAAGCUUGAUAAAUAGAAAAAUAAUAACUAAUUUAAAAUACUGGGGACGUUCGGAGCCAAUUAUAACUAAGACUCUUAUGUUGCUCUCAGAGCUUUCUGUGAAUUUUAACUCUUUGCGGAAAUUGGCCAAGUUGGAGGAAAUUCAAUUUAUGUUAACACAUCACACGAGUGAACACUUUCCCUUCCUUGGCACAAACUCAUCUCUAACUGAAAUGCGCUGUCGGACUAUGUUCUACACAUCUUUGGGUAGGCUACUGAUGUUUGAUCUUGGCGAAGAUGAAGAGCGCUUCUAUAACUUCCUUACCCCACUUACUAAUCAAUUUGAAUCACUUGGCUCUGUACUGAUGGAUGGUAAUAGUUUUCCAAAUGAAGAAGCAAAGAAGGCAAUAAUUGGUCUGGCGCGUGAUCUUCGUGGUCUUGCAUUGCCAUUGAAUGCUAUAGCUCCCUACACAAUGCUCUUCGAAUGGAUCUAUCCAGAUUAUAUUCCGAUUCUAAUACGUGCCGUUGAACUGUGGGCACAUGAUCCAGCUGUAACAACACCCGUACUGAAACUUUUCGCUGAACUUGUACACUGUAGAACUCAGCGUUUGCAAGGAAAUGUUUCUAGUCCCAUGGGAAUUUUACUGUUUCGAGAGGCUUCAAAGCUCAUAUGCAUAUAUGGUAAUAGAAGUCUCCAUUUGGACGUGCCGAGAGAUCAGCAAUAUCCAAUGAAAUUGAAAGGCAUUUCGAUAUGUUUCCUUAUACUAAAGAAUGCACUGAGUGGGAACUAUGUGAAUUUUGGAGUUUUCAAGCUGUAUCGUGAUGAUACAUUAGAUAAUGUCUUGAGUAUUGCUGCAAAAUUAAUUAUGUCCAUUCAACAGAACGAUUUGUUGGAAUAUCCAAAACUUGCAUCUUCAUACUAUGGUCUUCUGAAUUGUUUGUCACAAGAUCAUAUAACAUUUUUGGCCUCCCUGGAGCCGCGAGCAUUUAUUUAUAUUUUAGAAAGUCUAUCAAAGGGACUUACAGCAUUAGAUUCCACGAUUUUUAUAUGUUGCUGUUCAAUACUGGACUGUGUUGUGUCAUAUAUAUUUAAGCAGCUGCAAAUUAAAGUUUCGACAUUCCCCAACAAAAAACUCCGCAAUAUAACACCGGAGAACUCACAGUUCCUUGAGGUAGUAGAGAUGAAUUCUGAAAUUCUUCAGGGCAUAAUGUCAACGCUACUGAAUAUGGUCAUGUCAGAAGACUCCAAGAAUCAAUGGUCUAUGUCCCGUCCGCUUUUAGUACUCAUUUUGCUAUACGAAGACUAUUUUAGAUCACUGAAAGAGAAUAUAAUUCGAUCGCAACCCAUCGAUAAGCAACAAACAAUGGCACAGUGGUUCGACGGACUGAUGGAUGGCAUUGAACGAAAUGUAGCGAACAAAAACAGGGAAAGGUUUACACAAAACUUAUCACUGUUCCGACGGGAUGUGGUUCACUUACCGAAGGUUUCAAGUUUUAAUCCUGAGAAUGCAAAUGAAAAAUUCUUAAGCGAUGAUUUACUUACAACUGAUGCUGUAGAAAUUGAAUACAUGAAGGGGUAACACUUCAACUUCAUCAAAUUGAACCAUUCACAAAACGAUACGUAUCAGGUCUAUAGUGAGACAAAUUAUUCUGUAUCUGUGUAGAUGCUAUCCCCAAAACAUUAUUAUCUAAAAACUUAAUUUCCAAUGGACACCCAAAACGAAAUAGAGAUGUGAAAAAAGUUUUGAAAAAUUGAAAUUUGGUAUUUGCAACGCAACGUACAUCAAUAAAAUACAAACAAACAAAAAUUAUUAAAAUUUCUAUGCCCUAAACAAAAAUAAAAUUUAUUUCUUUCUUUCAUAGUUAAAAAAUUAAAACAAAAAUAAAACAUAAACAAUGUACUUCUCACUUUCGUAUAUAUUUCAUAUUCGUAUUUUGUGUUACUUUGUUUUUUAAAUUCCAAAUGGAAAAGGGUCUUUAUCUCGUCAUUAUUUUUGACUCCUCAUUUCAUAAACUUUAUCGUUUUUUAUUUUGUCUUUGUUUGAUUUUUUUUAAAUCUUAUUUUAUUUCUAUUUUAUUGUUUUGUUUUAUUGUCCUGCAUGUAGCGAGUAUGAGUGCGAAAAAAAGGAUAUUUUAUAAUUUUGAUUGGGUAUUUUUUUAAAUGUGCAUAAACGAAAAAAAAACAAUUGUUUAAUAACAAACACAAAAAUAAAAAAAAAUAAUAAGCUGGAAGAAAGUUAUACAUAUAUUGCAAAAAUGAUAAAUAAAUAAGAACAAAAAUAAUAUUAAAAGUAAAACAAAAAUAAAAGAUGAGAAAAAACAAAAUGAAAAUCAAUUUAAAUAUUUUUAUGACGUUUGUAGAGAUAUUGUGUAAGAAUUAUAAGAGCAUUAAGAAGAAAUUAUAUAUAUAUAUUAUAUUAUCUCUAAUUUUUUGCAAAUAAAGUUUUAUUUCAAAAUGUUUUGUAAAGUAUUUUGAAAAAAUACAAUAUACUUUUGUGGAUGAUUUGGUA